AUGAUGCCGGAGCUGAGCCCCGCACCGAACAGCAUCUGCUACACCUCGGUGAUCUCUGCCUGUCAAAAGGGAGAGCAGUGGCAGCUUGCGAUGAAGGUCUACAACGCCCAGACCUCUUCGAGCAUCACACCAGAUGUCAUGUGCUACGUUGCUGCGAUCGCUUCCUGCGAGAAGGGUGCCCUGUGGCAGGAAGCUGUGCAUAUUUUUGAGCAGCAGCGGCGUGCGGGGCCUCCCAACGCCAUCAGCCACAAUGCCACCAUCAGUGCAUGUGGUAAGGCGUCCGAGUGGCAGAUGGCGUUGCAGCUCUUCGCUGCCAUGUCGACCGCAUCACUGCAGAGGGAUCUCGUUAGCUUCAGCGCAGCAACCACCGCUUGUCAAAAUAGCUCCCAGUGGCAGCUCGCUGGGGCUCUUUUCCAGGCCAUGGAGGAGUCCCAGAUCUGCCCCGACACGAUCAGCUGCAGCGCCUUUCUCAAGGCCUGCGCCCGAUCCCAGACCUGGCCAAGGGCCCUCGAGGUCCUGGCCUCCAUGUGGGAUCGACGCAUCCCAGCAAACGUCAUCAGCUACAGCGCGGCCAUCAGUGCGUGCGAGGCCUGUUGGCAAUCAGCCAGCGGUUCUUGA